UGCGAGUGGAGAAAGUAGUUUCCCGGGAGUUGCGGGUCCAGUUGCUGGCGAAGCGAGGCGGGGGGCUAGGGGAGGCUGUGACGGUGACGGCAGGGCGUGUAGGGGACAGCGUGGGAGACAGUAGGGGGCCCAGAGGUCAGGGGCCGAGCCAGUGCCGGUCGGGCAGGGAUGAGCCAUGGCAUCAGUCAAAGUGGCCGUGAGAGUCAGGCCCAUGAACCGAAGGGAAAAGGAUUUGGAGGCCAAGUUUAUUAUUCACAUGGACAAAAACAAAACAACAAUCACAAACUUAAAGAUUCCAGAGGGAGGGACUGGAGAUACAGGAAGAGAACGUACCAAAACUUUUACCUAUGACUUUUCCUUUUGUUCUGCUGAUUCUAAAAGUCCAAAUUAUGUUUCUCAAGAAAUGGUUUUCACAAAUCUUGGCACUGAUGUCUUACAGUCUGCAUUUGAAGGUUAUAAUGCUUGUGUCUUUGCCUAUGGGCAAACUGGAUCAGGGAAGUCUUACACUAUGAUGGGAAAUACUGGUGAUUCUGGCUUAAUACCUCGAAUUUGUGAAGGUUUGUUCAGUCGUAUAAAUGAAACUAAGAAAUGGGAUGAAGCAUCUUUUCGAACUGAAGUCAGCUACCUUGAAAUCUAUAAUGAACGUGUGAGAGAUCUACUUAGGCGGAAGUCAUCAAAAACCUACAAUUUGAGAGUUCGUGAGCAUCCCAAAGAAGGACCUUAUGUUGAGGAUUUGUCGAAACAUUUAGUACAGAAUUACAGUGAUGUAGAAGAACUUAUGGAUGCAGGGAAUAUAAAUCGAACCACUGCCGCAACGGGAAUGAAUGAUGUUAGCAGCAGGUCUCAUGCCAUUUUUACCAUCAACUUCACUCAGGCAAAAUUUGAUUCAGAAAUGCCAUGUGAAACUGUGAGCAAGAUCCACUUGGUUGAUCUGGCGGGGAGUGAGAGAGCAGAUGCCACUGGAGCUACUGGGGUUAGAUUGAAGGAAGGAGGGAACAUUAACAAAUCCCUCGUUACUCUGGGAAAUGUCAUUUCUGCCUUAGCUGAUUUAUCUCAGGAUGCCACAAACCCUCUUGUAAAGAAGAAACAAGUAUUCGUGCCUUACAGGGACUCUGUUUUGACUUGGCUGCUAAAAGAUAGCCUUGGAGGAAACUCUAAAACUAUUAUGAUUGCCACUAUUUCACCUGCCGAUGUCAAUUAUGGAGAAACCCUAAGUACUCUUCGAUAUGCAAAUAGAGCCAAAAACAUCAUCAACAAGCCUACCAUCAAUGAGGAUCCUAACGUCAAACUCAUUCGUGAGCUCCGAGCUGAAAUAGCCAGACUAAAAACUCUGCUUGCCCAAGGGAACCAGAUUGCACUAUUGGACUCUCCAACAGCUUUAAGUAUGGAAGAGAAACUCCAGCAGAAUGAAGCAAGAGUACAAGAAUUGACCAAAGAAUGGACAAACAAGUGGAAUGAAACUCAAAACAUUUUGAAAGAACAAACAUUAGCCCUGAGGAAAGAAGGAAUUGGAGUUGUCCUGGAUUCUGAGCUGCCUCAUCUGAUUGGCAUUGAUGAUGACCUUCUGAGUACUGGAAUAAUCUUAUAUCACUUGAAGGAGGGUCAAACUUAUGUUGGCAGAGAGGAUGCUUCAACAGAACAAGAUAUUGUUCUUCACGGCCUGGAUUUGGAAAGUGAACACUGUGUCUUUGAAAAUGUCAAUGGAACAGUGACUUUAAUACCACUGAAUGGAUCUCAGUGCUCCGUGAAUGGGAUUCAGAUCCUAGAAGCUACACACCUGAAUCAAGGUGCUGUUAUACUUCUUGGUAGAACCAACAUGUUUCGCUUUAAUCACCCCAAGGAAGCUGCCAAACUUAGGGAAAAGAGAAAGAGUGGACUUUUGUCUUCCUUCAGUUUGUCAAUGACUGACCUCUCAAAAUCAUGUGAGAAUCUCUCAGCUGUCAUGUUGUAUAACCCAGGUCUUUUUCCUGUUAAAGGACCAAUCUGUUUAAGGCUUGAAUUCGAGAGGCAACAGCGUGAGGAACUGGAAAAAUUAGAAAAUAAAAGGAAACUAAUUGAAGAAAUGGAAGAAAAACAAAAAUCAGACAAAGCCAAAUUAGAACGAAUGCAACAAGAAGUGGAGUCACAACGCAAGGAAACAGAAAUCGUACAGCGACAAAUCCGGAAACAGGAGGAGAGCUUGAAACGUCGUAGCUUUCAUAUUGAAAGUCGACUGAAAGAUUUGCUAGCUGAAAAAGAAAAAUUUGAAGAGGAAAGGCUCAGAGAGCAGCAGGAGAUAGAGCUUCAGAAGAAAAGGCAAGAAGAAGAGAGCUUUCUCAAGGUCAAGGAAGAACUCCAGCGGCUACGAGAGCUCAAUAACAAUGAAAAGGCUGAGAAGUUACAAAUAUUCCAAGAACUUGACAGACUUAAAAAGGAAAAAGAUGAGCAAUGUGCCAAGUUUGAACUAGAAAAAAGGAGACUUGAAGAACAGGAAAAAGAGCAGCUGAUGCUUGUUGCCCAUCUUGAAGAAGAAGUCAGGGAAAAACAAGAUAUGAUACAACUCAUAAGGUUUGGAGAUGUUCAGCGGCUGGAAGAGGAGGUAAGGGAUCUUGAAGAAAUAAGAAGAUCCCUUUUGAAAUUUAAAGAAGCCUGCUCUGAGGGGGAAGAAGAUGGUGAAGAAUUAGAGAAAGCGAAACUCAAUUUCCUAGACUUCAAAAUAAAGCAACUUGCACAGUUGACUAGUUUGGAGAAGGAGUUAGUUCAUCAGCGAGAUCUUCUUGAAAAAGAAGUGGCUGAUGAGUGGGACAUUCUAGAACAUUUAACGGGUGCCACUGAAGAUUCGAAUUUGCUCAAAGUAAAUGAUGAAACUCUCUUGAAGGCAACACAGGUGGCCCAAGACUUGGAGAAAAUAAAGCCAACAGAAUGCAGGCUGCAGUAUAAAAAACGUCAGCUUCAGUACCUCACACAGAAUCUUUUGCCAGUUUUGCUGGAAGAGAAGCAAAGAGCUUUUGAAAUCCUUGAUAGAGGCCUUCUCGGCUUAGACAACACACUUUAUCAAGUUGAGAAAGAAAGGGAAGAAAAAGAGGAACAGCUUGCCCAAUACAGAGCCAAUGCCAGCCAGCUGCAGAAGCUCCAAGCCACAUUUGAAUUCACUGCCAACAUUGCUCGUCAGGAAGAGAAAGUUAGGAAAAAGGAAAAAGAAAUUCUCGAAUCGCGAGAAAAGCAGCAGAGAGAGGCACUGGAACAAGCUGUUGCUAAACUGGAAAAGAGACAUACUACACUCCAACGACGCUCUACUCUAGGUGUGGAGAUUGAAGAACAGAAGCAAAAGCUGGCCACUCUCAACAGCAACAGUAGUGAGCAGUCAGGUCUCAGGGCUAGUCUAGAAUCUGAGCAAAAAGCCUUAGAACAGGAUCGAGAAAGGUUAGAGCAGGAAAUUCAACAGCUGAAGAAAAAAUUCUUUGAAGCUGAUGGUGUUCACAAAGGACAGCAGACAAGAGAGAAUCGAUCUCACUCCAACUCUUCAACCAAUGCUGCAAAAUCUCCGUCUCAUCUGCUUCCAUUGGCUGAUGAUAGACUUAAUGCUUACAUUGAAGAAGAAGUGCAGCGGCGUCUGCAGAAUGUCCAUCCCAGAAUUGGAGAGAACAUCUAUUUAUCCCAUUCUACAGAAAUGCAUAAGGAUAAUGAAAAACUUCAGAAUGGCGCUAUUCAGCGUAAGCUAAAGUAUGAGAGGAUGGUUUCUCGCUCUUUGGGAGCAAAUCCAGAUGACCUUAAGGACCCAAUUAAAAUUAGUAUUCCACGCUAUGUUCUCUGUGGACAGGGAAAGGAUGAACACUAUGAAUUUGAGAUAAAGAUUACUGUCCUAGAUGAGACAUGGACCGUGUUCAGGCGUUAUAGUCGUUUUCGAGAAAUGCAUAAAACAUUGAAGUUAAAGUAUCCAGAGCUUGCUACUUUAGAAUUCCCCCCAAAGAAGCUUUUUGGGAAUAAAGAUGAGAGAGUCAUCGCAGAACGCCGGAGUCACUUAGAGCAAUACCUCAGGAAUUUUUUCAGUGUGAUGCUUCAAUCUGCAACAUCCCCAUUACACCUGGACAAAGUGGGCCUGACGCUGUCAAAGCAUACCAUCUGUGAGUUCUCUCCAUUCUUCAAAAAAGGCGUGUUUGACUACAGCAGCCAUGGGACUGGCUAGAGCCCGACACGGAGCCCAACAGCAAACGCAGUGCCUUCCUUUAGCAAGAUUGCUCCUGAAAUACAAAGAAAGCUCGUGCAAAGGCCUCAGCCUAACUCUUCGCAGCUGAAAACAGAUAUGCAACAAUUCUUUCCUUUACCUUUUAACGUUUUUUCCUACUUAGUGCCUGUGUUUGGGAACAGGAUGUUGUACCAUUUGUUUCUGCCUAUGGUUUCCAUGGUAAGGCGCAGUCACUGUUCACCCCCAGGUGAACACAGCUCCUUCCUAUUGCUUAGACAAUUCAUUUCCAUAUGGCAAGAUUGCUUCACUUUGACUUUUGCUCUCCAAAUCUAGCUUACGACUUUAGAGACCCUAGGUAAUAUCUGAUUUCCUUUUUUACUAAGAUGGAUCCUCAUAUCCCCUUCCCUUAGAUCAUAUUAGCAUUUCUUCCCAAGAAAGACAUUUUUAAUUACUUGCUUUUAUUAUUUGUUUGUUUUCCUCUUGGACUGACAGCUUUUGUAUAAUACCCCAAAGUUGAUGUUUACAAAGAAUUUCAUGUUCUGCAAGAGAAUUUUAAGGCAAAUCAUGUCUCAAGUCUUCCAUGCUUGACUAUUUGGAUGUAAUGUAAGCUGUAUCACUUGAUAUGCACAUAUAUGAUACACAUGCAGAUAGGAUCUUCAUUUGACCUUGUUAAGUCAAAAUGUCUGUUUUCUAAUUUCUUAGAAUGUGUCUAUCACACACUCUCCGCUUUCUCAGUAAAGCAUAAUAUGAGUGCAUAGCAAGUCAUCUAUUUUUAAAGGAUAUGUUGUUCAUUUUAUGUUACAUUCUCUAUAAGUGCUUCAGUUGAAAUAUUAGAAUUUACAGUGUUUUACUAAAUGAUACUUAAAUUACUCAGGACUUAUGUAGAAUUGCACAUAUAUAAAUAUGUAUACAAUGUAAUAUCUGCUUUGUGGUGUAUGAGGAAGAAAUGUAAGUAGAAAAAACACAUUUAUAUGCAAAUUGUAUAUAUUCCCAGCCACAGAUUUAUAUAUUAUAUAUAUAGAGAGACAUAUUCUUAUUGAUCAGUUAUAUCAAAAUGUAUGAAUACUCAUACAUGAUUAUUAUGGGGCAUCACAAAGGUAUUUGCUUCAUGCAAAAUUGAAAUUGAGCUGCUAUCAAUAUUAAAUGAAAUUAUGGAAGAAUCUGUACUGUAGCUAAGUUCAUUUUACAAUUUGUGACAUGAUCAUUCUUACCACCUCUUUAAAAUUUUAGCCACUGUAGUUGGAAAGUAUAUAGAAUGUAUAAUUUAUCAAGUGUAUAUUACUGGAAACUACACAGCGGCGAUGAUUAAAGGCACAAAUGAACAGACAACAAAACAUACCCAUGUUCAGCCAUCUUGGAUGUACCCAUACUGAAAUAUGUUUGUAGAUGCCAUUUUUCUCACUAAGAAAAGCCCACCAUUGCACAGACUAACUAUAAAAGUGCAGAUUGAUGGAAGUGAAUGAAGCUUCUACUACCUCAGGUAGGGAACCUACUUCCCAUUGUUUGCAAUCAUAGUUUGGACUAUAAGCUUGAGGGGAAGGACUGUUAGAGGAUUUAAACUAAGAAAUUAAAGGAUAACAGCUGGAGAGAUAACAAUUGUGUGUCAUUUACUUUAAGAGUUGGACCUCUAAAGAUUCUCUCUCAACUUGCUGGCUAAACCAAAUGGUCUAUGUUACCUGCCCUUUUAGAACUAAGACAGUCUCAUUUCUUUAGGUCCCCCAGCAUGCAGUGCUCACUUGGAAAGGGUACUAAAUAAAUCUUCCAGCCGCAGUCACCAUUUCCAAUAGUCAAGUUGGAGUCUGGAGUCCCAGGUUCCAAGACUGCUGACAACUUACUGUAUGAUCACGGGGAAGUCACUUAACUUCCUUGGGUCUCAGAUCAUUAUUAACACUAAUGACAAUAAUGUACUUUACAUACAUUAUUUCAUAUGAUCCUCACAAUAACCCCCAUGAGUUAAGUCAUAGCUGCUAUUACCCUCACUUCAUCGAUGAGGAAAUGGAGUCUAAUUGCGUGUAUGUGCCUUGUUAGAGAUCACAUGGCAUCUAAGCAUCUGAGGGAGGGAUUCAGACCUACAGCUUUUCCACUUCAAGUCCAUUACUCCUUUAUGCACUGUACCCCAUUAUCUUCCUUUUUCUGUCUGUAAAAUGAAGAGCUGGAAUAGAUCAUCUUGAAGAGAUCUCUGGGCUCUAACUCACUCUGAUUACAGCAUGAGCAAGAUACAGGCUAAGUUGUCUUUAAUGUAGGGGAUGGGGGGUUCUAUAAACCCUAGAUGCAGACCAGUGACAUGGUAUGCCAUCUUACAGAGAGGACACGAGAGAUGCUGAAGGAAGCCUGACUGACAGUAUGGAAACCACCUCAUUUGGGCUCUACCACCUUAAUACCACAUGUGGAAAAGUAGCCGUGGCACUGAGGAAGAUGAAAUUGGGGGAAACCGAAGUACCUGCCCCAAGAGUCCUAAAAGGAAUUCACAACAUUACAGGAACCUAGAAGUUUCGUUUCCCAAAUAGCUUAAAAAGGGGAAGGUUCUAAAGAAUGAAAAAGAUCUCAAAUAUUAUCCUUGACCUUUUCCCCUUGAUCUUUGGGGGGUCAAAUAAUCAAAGAUUACCCCCAAAAGUAACCAAGAAGGCAUAAUGGGCCUACUUUCUCAUCUCUGUAAAAUCUUUAUAGGAACGCUGUGGGAGCAUAGAACUGGAAGGGACAUUAAACACCAGCUAUUCAACUCCUCGUUUUGCAGACAAGACAAUGAGGCCUAAAAAGAUAAAGUGACAUACCUAAGGUCACUCAGGUAGUAUGUGGCAGAGCCAAAUUCAGACCCAUGUCUUCUAAGCCUAAAUACACUUUUUUCCCACUGCCCCAUAAUGUAGUGAAUAUAUGUGCGUGCGUAUAGAUAUGUACAUGUAUAUGUGUGUGUGUGUGUGUGGUGUGGUGUGUGUGUGUGUGUGUGUGUGUGUGUGUGUAUGUGUGUGUGUGUGUGUGUGUGUGGGUGGGAACCGAUUGGCUUUCAAAUAAGAUUUCCUGUAGUAGACCAUAUCUUCAGAGUCACAACAUCAUUUGAGAGGUGCAAAGAAUUUAAGAUAUCUCUCUAAGUUGUUGAUUUCAGAAAAGUAUUUGACUUAUUAGAAGGGAGGCAAUUAGAACUCCUCAAACCAUGCAUCUUGCAUGCAUAUGUUAAAACCGUGCAAAGUUCUACAACAGCAUCAACCAUAAAGAUUAAUUUGUUCAGCUAUUGAAUAAUUAUCAACUUGAGAACAAGUGAGGUAUAAAACAAAGUGACAUAUUGUCACCUGGGUUGUUCACUGUUGCCAUGGACAAUGUCCCAUCCAGAGUCCGAUCAGAAUUCAUUAUCUCUUAAUGGUAAGAAUGUCCACAUGUUAUUUUUCAAAGGUGAUGCAUUAAGCUGUAUAUUUUUUUCAAAUAGA